AUGAGUGGAGGAGGGUCACCUUUACGCCCAGUCACGAAACGUAAGAACGCAGGGUCCACUCGAUUCUCUGAUGCGUCUCGUUCCUCUCCAAUCGUGUAUCGCGACGAGCAGGAGACCAACGAGCUAGAUCAUCGAAGCCAUGGAUCCAAGUUUUCUCGCACAGUCAAGCCGAGAGCGGUGGCAGUAGCCAUCCCAAUCGAGAUCCUUCCCUCGAGCUCGGAAACCUCAACAGUCACCGCAGAGAGGCUUCGUAUCCACCUCGUUUCCUCUCGCAAGCAUUCUGGAAAGUACGUGUUACCGAAAGGCGGAGUCGAGACCGGCGAGACCUCACGUCAAGCGGCGGUUCGAGAGCUGUGGGAAGAAGCGGGUCUCAUCGGCGAACCUCACCCUUCCAGUGCUGCAGCUUCAAUUUCGCACACCGCACCAGCGGACUUGAUCAUCGACGAUCAUAAGCCACACAAAAACAGUCCUGCAGUUCACGCGGGUGACCAAGGCUUCGUUCCCCGAGCAAGGUACACGGGUCAUGAGGUGCUCCUGGCGGCAGAAGAUGCCGUCCGCGAAGAUUGGCCAGAAGCACGCCAACGUCAGAGGAAAUCGUUUACCGUUCAAGAAGCGGAGAAGGCGCUAGACUGGCGUAAAGACAUUCAUGCCAUUUUUAAGCGGUGGGCUGCAGGCGUACCUCAUGACACAUAG